CAAGCGUUGCUCAGCCAGAGAGAGGACCCCACCUUUUUAGUAGAUCUCAGGAAUUAGAUAGUCUUCAAAAAGAGUUGGAGGACACAAAAACAAAUACUAAUAAGGAACACGGAGCCCUUUGUGAUGAGAAAACCAAUUUGAAGUUGAUGGAGGCCACCCUAACAAUAAGAGAGGAGGCACUAAGUAAACGGGAAUCUGAGCUGAACAAGAAAGAACAGGAAUUGCUUGAUUUGCAAGUGAAACUUGCUAGUCGAGAAUCUGAUGAAACUCAGAAAGUUAAAGCUGUUCAGGAAGCUGAACUUGGAGCAAGAAAGACUAAUUUUGAAGCUGAACUACAAAUUCAGCUCAAAUUGGUUGAGAAUGAAAUUGAGAUGAAGAGAUGGGCUUGGGAAUUGAAGGAAGUAGAUCUUACACAACGAGAGGAGAAACUCCAGGAAAGGGAGCAUGAGUUGGAAAUUCUGUCAAGGACACUGGGUGAGAAGGAGAAGGAUUUGGUGGAUAUGUCAAGUGCGCUUAAAGAAAAAGAUCAAAGCCUGAGAGCUUCUGAAAAGGAAUUAGAGUUAAAUAAAGUUCUUUUGCAAAAGGAUAAAGAAGAGAUAAACAAAACAAAGUUAGAUGUACAGAUGUCUUUGGUUUCAUUGGAAAAUAAUUUAAGGCAAUUUGACAAUGCGAAGGAGAGACACGAAGCCUUGAAAAGUGAAACAAAUGACUUGUCAGUUUUGGAAGUGAAACUAAAGGAAGAAAUUGAUGUUGUACGAUCUCAAAAGUUGGAGAUAGUAGCGGAGGCAGAUAAGCUGGAAGCAGAGAAAGCAAAGUUUGAAGCUCAGUGGGAGCUUCUUGAUGAAAAGAAAGAAGAGCUGCGGAAAGAAGCAGAAUACAUAGCAGAGGAAAAAAAGGCAGUUUCGGCUUUCAUUAAGAAGGAGCGUGACAAGCUAAGACAAGAGAAAGAGAAUAUGCGUGAUCAGUACAAACGAGACUUGGAGUCGCUAACCUGUGAACGAGAAGAGUUCAUGAACAAGAUGGCACAUGAACAUGAUGACUGGUUUGGCAAGAUGCAGCAAGAGCGUGCAAAUUUCUUGAGGGACGUUGAGAUGCAGAACAGGAAUAUGAAUAUCCUUAUUGACAAGAGGCGUGAAGAAAUAGAAAGUUAUUUGAAGGAAAGAGAAAAAUCUUUUGAAGAAGAAAAGAACAAUCAACUAGAAUAUAUUAAUGCUCUUAAGGAAAAAGUAGCAAAAGAGUACAAACAGGUUUCCUUUGAAAUGAGAAGACUUGAAGUUGAACGACCAGAGAUAAGUUCGGACUGCGAACAGAGAAAUAAGUAAUGGGCUGAGCUAAAUAAGUGCAUUGAGGAACUCAAGGUUCAAAGGGAUAAGCUCCAAAAUCAGAGAGAACUGUUGCAUGCUGAUAGAAUUGAAAUUCAUGCUCAGACUGAAGAAUUGAAAAAAGUGAAGGAUCUUAAAAUUGUCUCUGAUGAUAUUGCUCUGACCGAAUUGCUUAAUUCUGAUAUGGAGUCUAACCAACAAAAAAUCUCUAUGAAGAAAAAAUUGAACCAGCGGACUCUUAAGCAUGAUGAUCAUUUAAAUUCCCCCCAAAAAAUAGAUGCUAAUAAGAUUAGCAAUGGGUUUGAUUCUUCAUUUGUGCAAAACUCAUCUGUUGUUCUUCCUUCUAGCCCUGUUCGAUUCUCAUGGAUCAAACGAUGCACAAAACUAGUUUUUAGGCGUUCCCCUGAGAAGUCACUCGUUCAUGAUGAUGACAAAGGUUGUGGAUAGCAGUGGUCAAAAGCACUUGACGAAUGGAAAAUCUCUUAAUAAUGUUGGCGAGAGGGAGCAAAGGAGAUUUUCUUUUGGAGAACCGAAAGUAAUACUUGAAGUACCAUCUCCAGCCGAAGAUAUUAACAGAUUAAGUGAUUUUGAAUCUGAAAAUAAGAAAGAUGUGAAUAGACCUGUUCCCUUGGUUUCGAAUGGAUGUACGUGAGCAAAUGGAAAAGAGGCCGUGGGAAAUUUGGAAUUGGAGAUCCACUUCAAGAUACAAGGAAGGUAAAGAAACUGCGAUCAGAAGAACAACCAAUCGAGAAUCCUUUAGACCAGAUAACUAAAAGCAGUGCGAUUCUGACCCAAGCAAAUGUAUCGAAGGUUCAGCAGUUGUCUAUAUUUUCAAAUUAAGCACUAGGGAACACUGAAGGUACUGGUGUAGUGAUGGUAGACAAGGUUAUGCAUGUCUCAGAGGUGACUUCUGAGAGGACUGAUGCUAUCAGUCUCCCCAAUCUAGAAUCAGCGGAUCAUUUGUGUGAUCCUACAAUUGUUGUAGAUAAAGGCGAUCUUCAUGGGAACAAAAUUGAUCAAUCAAAUUCUCAAAUUAUCGAGAUAGAUAUACCUUGUGGAUCCGACGUUUUCGCAAAAUCGGAAGAAAUAUGGGAGGAAAAUAGUGGACAAGUUCCUGAUCGAUGAGCAUUGUUAGGACACCAAUGGAGUUUGGAGAGGUAGUCGAUUGAUUGAUUGGUGGCUUGGAGUAUAGGGCAUCUGUGGGGAGAUCAUAACAACUUGGAGUAUAAAAUUUUAUAAAGCAUUAUUUUUUAAUUAUGUUUAUAUUGAUUUUUUAAAAAUA